UCAGCGCUAACAGGUACGAGGCGUAGCGUAACCAUAUAGCAGAGGAACACUGGGGUUGGUGAACCGGGUAGAGUUUGCAAGUCGUCUCUAAGCAAUAGGAUACAAGGCUAUUGAGAAUCUGGAUGUAUAUAAUUGAAAAUAAAGUGAACUCACGCAUCAUUUUAUGAAACUGAAUGGAACGUUAACUAAAAAAGUUCCUCACAAAUCGCAAUUGCUAAUUGCUCUAGUUGAAGGAGUUUACCAUUGCGAAGAUGAAAUUUACGUGGACGUGAUAAAAAGAGUCUAUUACGUUGGUCUGACAUUGGAUUUUCUGGUAAUUAACAAGAAACAUAGGACACGUUAAUUAAUUACGCCACUCUCGUUCAUAUCAAUUCACUGCCAAAAAACGGAUAACACUACUAACUAGAGUAUGGAGAAUAUUACCGAACAGACACCAAUGGAAUACACGUUGGUGUAUAACGCAACGGAUGACUACGUCCAUAAAGCAACAGAAGGUACCGGUGGCAAAUUUGAUACAUUAGACACAGAUGGUUACGAAUACUAUGAAGACUAUGAGUAUGACUAUAACGCCUCCGUCAAUACAUUCCCACUUGAUGCAAUCCCUGUUGCUGUCGUCUACGGACUAACGCUCAUCCUCGGAAUAGUGGGCAACUCACUAGUGAUUUUCUGUAUCGCUAGAUACAGACGUCUGCAGAAUGUGACAAAUAUAUUCCUGACCAGCUUAGCUAUCGCUGAUCUUUUAUUAGUUCUUCUAUGUAUCCCAACAAAGUUCACAAAACACGUGACAUUUGUAUGGCAUUUUGGAGCAGUGAUGUGCAAACUGGUCCACUAUUUCCAGAAUGUCUCCGUCAUUUGCUCAGUGUUAACGCUCACAUUCAUGAGCGUUGAGAGGUACUAUGCCAUAAGACAUCCGAUGAAGGCCAAAUACAUGUGUACAGUGCAAAGGUCCAGGAGAGUGAUAAUAGGGAUCUGGUUUCUAGCUUUUGUCCUCGCCUUCCCCAUACUCAUAGGACGGGUGCACAAAAUUAUGAUUGGAGAAAAUCGAACCGGCUACUGGUGCGUGAAAGAAUGGAGUGCCCCAAUAUAUGGUCAGCUCUAUGAACUCUACAUGCUUAUCACGAUAUUCAUUAUUCCUCUAGGAAUCAUGUCAUUCGCCUACUUUGGUAUAUGUCAUGAACUUUGGAGGGUGACCUCAAAAAGAGCUAGUAUUCGAGCACCAAUGACUUCCAAUACGAAUGGUGGCACGAAAGCACCGGAAGUGACGCCAUUCAUGGUCCGUCACCAAUUAAGCGUGGUGCGAAGAAGUGAUAGUGGGGCACCAUGCCUUUCCAACCAGGGUAACCAGCGGGUCCCGGAUGACAUCAGACAACGCAGACAAGUGAUCAAGAUGCUGGUGACGGUCAUCGUUAUCUUCGCCCUUUGUUGGGGCCCGUUCCUAAUAGACAAUGUCCUCGUCUCCUUCGAUAAACGUUUUGAGCUGAACUAUUUUGAGUUAAAGCCAAUGCGACUCGCUUUCUCUCUGAUGGCUUAUUGUAAUAGCUGUGUCAAUCCCAUAGUUUACGCAUUUAUGUCCAAGAACUUUAGAGAGAGCUUCAAACAGGCAUUAAAGUCGUGCUGCAAGAGGAACUACCAAAACGAGAGAAUACGAUCCACUAGACUUUCUCAGCAUCAAAUGUCUUUCCAUAGUAAAUCAACGUCUCUCACAAGGGGACUUUCGUUAAAGACUGAGAUUGAGAAUAACGAAAUGCGGGAACGUGGUGGUCGAGCUGGGAGGACUAAGGUACCAUGUGUGCACCAUGGUGUACAGCAAAAGCCCCAUUAUGUCAGACAUGCAGAGCUCAAACAACAGUUUAUGUGAAAUACGAUUAAUGAAAACAUGUAAAAUCAAAAUGGAAUGUAUGUAUUUUCCUAUAAUAACAGAAGAUAGCAUGAUCAUGAUCAUUUUUACAAUCCAUGGAGUUGUUUGGAGUCUUCCCUCUGGUAGAUCUAGAGCAAGGAAGUAUGGGCGCGACCAUGGUGGAAAAAUGCGGCGAGGCAUUAUGCCGUUCAAUGUAUGGAUAUUGUUCAUGAAUUGUGUGAUAUAUUUGAUAUGUACCAGGAUAUCUUGGCUGACGAUUUAUCAAAUGAAUCGUUCGAAUUGCAUAUAUGGACAUACUUUGUGAUGAUUAAUGAUUCUAUUGUAUUAAAAUAUAUUCAGAUUAUAACAACAUACAGCUCUCUGAUUUAUGAAGGAAUUGAUGAAAUGGAUCAAAUGAAAGAUAUAACUUAUUGUAGACAUAGGCAAAAACAAUCUUUAUGAGA